UAUAAAAACUUUUUCUAAAGCUACAGCUGUGGGUUGUGAAACUUUUGAGUUCAGCUCCAAGGAGGAUCCUCCACAAUUUCAACAUCUCUGCACAUCUCACAGAGUUAGAAAAGUAACAUCUGACAACCCAUUUUUAGAAAAAGGAGAAGUGCUCCUUGAUUUUUUUUUAAAUGAAAACAGAUUUUUUUGCUAGAAGUUUUCAAAUUGAUACAUCCUCCUUCACGCAGGAAGAGGUGUUUUUUACCUUCUUCUCAUGACUCACUAAUCAGUUUAGCGCUACUCUUGAUGUAAUAAUCCAAACCACCACUGGCACCAUAAGAUAUAUGACCAACACACCAUGGACAUAAUGGAAAACCAUACCAUAGACUUAUCUGACUGGCCACUGACAACAGAAUUCGAGUACAGUGAUUCAACACCAUGCCCAGGAACUGAGGAAAAGCACUUUGCAGCAAAUCUUCUGCCACCGCUGUAUUCUUUGGUGGUGAUAUUUGGCCUCACAGGCAACAUGCUCGUUGUCCUUAUCCUGGUGAAAUACAAGAGAUUGAAGAGUAUGACUGACAUCUACCUGCUUAAUUUGGCAAUUUCUGAUUUGCUGUUUAUAUUUUCUCUCCCUUUUUGGGCUUACUAUGCUGCUCACGACUGGAUUUUUGGAGACGCGCUGUGUAGAAUUCUCUCAGGCGUCUACCUCCUUGGCUUCUACAGUGGGAUCUUCUUCAUCAUCCUCUUGACCCUUGACAGGUAUCUGGCCAUAGUGCAUGCGGUGUUUGCUUUAAAAGCUAGGACAGUUACCUACGGCAUCCUCACCAGUGUUGUCACUUGGGCUGUUUCUAUUUGUGCUUCUGUUCCUGGAAUAGUAUUUCACAAAUCUCAAAAGGAACAUUCACGCUAUACUUGCAGUGCUCAUUAUCCCUCAGAACAGAGAGAUCUAUGGAAGCAAUUCCUGACCUUAAAAAUGAACAUCCUGGGACUUGUUAUUCCAAUGUUAAUUAUGAUCUGCAGCUACACACAAAUUAUAAAGACUUUACUGCAAUGUAGGAAUGAGAAGAAGCAUAAAGCAGUCAGGCUUAUUUUUAUCAUCAUGAUUGUCUACCUUUUGUUCUGGGCACCAUACAACAUUUGCAUUCUCUUGCGUGACUUUCAAGGUAUAUUUUCCAUCACUACCUGUGAAGGCAAUGGUCAACUGCACAAAGCAACCCAAGUGACAGAAACAAUCUCAAUGAUCCACUGUUGUAUCAACCCUGUGAUUUAUGCCUUCGCUGGAGAAAAAUUUAGGAAGUAUCUUCAUAGCUUUUUCCGAAAGCAAAUUGCAUUCCACUUCUCUAAAUACUGUCCCGUUUUCUAUGUUGACACAGCUGAACGGGCUAGCUCCACCUACACACAAUCUACUGGAGAACAAGAAGUUUCUGCUGCAUUGUAAGUUGUGUCAAGCGAAAAAGUCAAAUUGACUUUUGUGAAAUCAAUCUGUGAUGAAAGCCUGCAGAAUCUGUUCUCGAUAUUGGCUCUAAGGCACCUGUAAAAGAUCAUAGAAUACAUGUUUACCAAAGCUUUUAUUUGCUCAUAUGUUUGGGUAUUUGUACAUAAAUAGAAAGGAUGUAUCAAAUUAGCUAGCUAGAUAUGCUAAUGUGGGAUUCUGUAGAGAAAGUAAGUGUUCUCUUUUUUGUGUGAAUAUAAAAGCAUCGUUUUGUACUAUAGUGCCCACAACCACACAAAGGCUGAGGGUCUAAGCUAGCAGUCUCAUAAACUGAUUUUUUGAAGUUAACUAGAGAUUAGAAAUUGAUACUGGUUAUUUGGAAACAUCUGUUUACUGUACCUUAGACAAGAAAUCUCACUCAUUUAAAUAUAGUCUCAGUCACAUCUUUUACCAGCUUGGUUGUGUAUCUCUGUACCUAAUGGCAAAUUACUGAUAUCCGUGAUACAAAAUUUUUACAAGUGGUGUAGGAAAAAAUUAUACAUUUAGAAGAGACUGAUAUUUCAAGCUGUAUUUUCCUUUGUGUAUAGUUGAGUACCAACCUCUUGGAUCUUUCUUGUGAUAUUUUUAACUACUAGGUGUUGAUAUCUAAGUGACUUGAGAGUUUGGUAUUUCAGAAGGCUAUCUUUUAAUCAACUGCUGUUUUAUAUGCUAUUUGUACUAAAAAGCCAAUAUAUUGAUGUAUCGUUGAUCAAUAUAUCUAUGUGUUUACAAUAUUUUAAAACUAAAAUAUUGCACAUGGAGCUUUAACCAGGUUAGAUCAAAUGUGGACAACGAGUCAACACGUUUUUAGUGCAGUGAUUUUGCUUGCCAUUUUUCUAGCCUACAUAAGAUAAAAACUUUAAAAUGUCAAACAAGUGCAGUCACAAUGACUGCAAAACCAGAACAGCAUUAGAGGUGUGAAAAUGAUUUCUGAAAAGGUUGACCCAGAUGCUUUAGAGAUAAGCAUCUGCUAUAGAUGUUUGUCAAAACAUAUGAAUAGGUAAAAAUAUUCAUCGUUCUACAGACUCCAGGCCAUAGGGCAUCUCUUUUGUUUUAGAAGCAGGUAUCAUUUGGAGGCCAUGACAAUGGAGGUUUACAGAGAGCAAAAGCUUCCAUAAUUAGCAAGACUGAUGGUUUAGGCUUCCUGUUACAGCUCAGAUCCUGCAAAGCACUUGAACACAUAGAAAACAUUAAAUAUGUGGAUACUGAGAUACUUGAUAUCAUACCACAAUCAUGCUAUUAAUUGAUUUAGGCCAAGUUGUCCUUUCUAGCAUUUCUUACAUUUCCCCUAAGACAUAUGGUUUUGGGCUACUCUGAAGACAAGAAAUUAAAAGUCAAUAUUUUGAUUGCUGUUCUUAUCCAGUCAGGUAAUUUCUGUUUCCCAGCUCCUCUAGGUAGCCUUUUAAAUAAAAUUUUCAAAGGCACAAGUGUUUCAAACAGCCCCAAAGAGAUUUUACCUUGCAGAGUGCUUGCGAAAGCAGGAAGAGAAAUAGGGAAAUCUUUGCUUGUCAGACCACUUGGUUUAAGCUAUUCAAUUUUUUCAUAUUAGGCACCACUUUUGGACUACGUCCACAUGGGAAGUAUAACAAAAGUAUACUACAUCUUCUAGUUCACAAGGUUUUCAUCUGCAUGGGUUUUUUUUAAGGCUGCAUCAACUACUUUCUGGACUUUGUAUAUGCUUUUAAAACAUGUAACUAUAUCAGUACAAGCAGAAAUCAGGCAAUUACAGGAUAAAAUUACAAAUAUAUGCAUUUGUUUUCUAAAGAGAUAGCAAGCUACAGUCAGUAACCUCUAGAUAGGCUGGCUUUUUUCUCUCUCUCUCUAGAAUACCUGUAUGAAAAUAUUUUUACAUUUUAUUCUGCUCUUGACUAGAACUUCCAUUUGACCCCUAAGACACCUUGGCUUUAAGAAUGUACUUUCUCUGGAGGGCUUUGAUGCCAGGCAGGUUACGUAUCUUGACCAGCCCUGCAGGAGCAAAGUACAAUAACAAAACAUACACAAGCGCACUGACAAGCUUUUCUGAGAGGCAUGUCAGAAAGCAGCCCCAAUCCUUCGCAGUGUUCUCUUCUAUAGUGUGGAUCUUUCCAAGCAACAAGCAGCUUCUGAAGGGAAGAGUUGGAUCUUACAGGCUGGUGGCCCAGUGGAUCAGCAGCUUAUCAAGAGUUUCUCUCACUUCACCAAGAAGGGACCACAACAGCAAAUGAGAACAAAGCAGAUUUCAGCUAUUGCAGUGAACUGUGAUCCACAUUCAAGUAGAAAAUAGAAAAUACAGUAUUUGGUAGCACUGCUGGUGCAUUAAAUUAAGGACUCUGCCAAUAGAUUGUAAUAAUAUUUUGUAUUAUACAAUCAAUUAAAGUUGUUUAACUACC